AUGAACUCAAAAGCAGAUUUGAAAGCUGCAAGAGAAGCCAUUGGAAAGAAAGAUUUCGGUGAAGCCGUGAAGGCUUGCAAACGAGUCUUGCUGUGGGAAGGCGAAAACUACAACGCUUGGGUUUUCUUGGGCGUCGCAUAUACUGGAUUAGAGAAUGACGGGGAAGCGGAAGAAGCAUACAAACGAGCUAUCGAGAUCAAUUCAGAGAACAUGCUCGGCUGGCAAGGUCUUGUCAGUUUCUAUGAAAAGCGAAACAAACUAGAACCGUUGGCAAAGACCAUUGUCUUGCUGAUCCCUCGUGUGGUUGAAAGCGGUGAUGGUGCCAAGCUAGCAGACUAUCUCAAAAAGCUACUCCAUGUCUAUAAACAACAAAACGAUCAAGACAACUAUCUCGAGACACUGAAAGAGUUUCUACCUCAAAGUCCCCAUUACAAGUUGAUCAAAGAUCAGCCCAACUUACCCUCUCAGAUAGAGAUUUGGAAGACAAUCAUUGCAAAAGCAGAGAAAGAGCAGAAUCAAAAGAUUGAAAGCGAAGUGGCGUCUCGACGAUUCAGAGUGAGCGCAGGAACGCCUGCUCAAGUGCUGGCUGGCGUGGAAGCAGAUGUGUUUGGUUUAUCGAAAUUGGGAGACAUGUACGAGAACGUGCUGGAUUUAGUGCCUCAAGACGAUGCAGAGGAGCAACACGUUUUUAAGUUGAAAUUGUUGCACUUUUACUCCAAGAGAUUACUGGGAGUCAAAGACAAGGCAGAGCUGUAUGAAAAGGUGAUCACUCUGGCAAAGGAGCUAGUGGAUAUGAAUGAUCCAUUGCCUCUCCAGAUUUUGAUCGAGUCUGCCAAUGUCGAAUCACCAGACAGAUACGACUGGACAUUAUUAGAACAAUUGAUGGAGCGAUUCCCUGAACAUGGAUUAUCCAAAUUGGCACGAGGCUAUCAACUGAGCAAACAAGGCGAUAUCGAUGGAGCAUUCGACUUGUUCAGCGAAGGAUUAGAUGCAUGUCCCAACAGCUUAUUUGGCUAUCAAUGCUUGAGUUGGAUCUACUACGAGUCAAAGGAAUACGAAACUGGCUUGGAAUAUGCUACACGUGGAAAAGAUCUUGUCAAGAAAAUCAAGGUGGAAACCGGCAUAUCAAAGAGCAAUGCAUUAGUGUCAUUGGAGAUUUGCAUGGCCCACUGUUAUCGCUUAUUGGAUAAAAAAUACCACAUGGAUGCCAUGGCACUGUACAAAUCCGUCUUGCAACACUACCCAGAUCAAACAAAGGCAAUGGAGGGCAUGGGAUUGAUCUUGAUUGAAGAGAAGCGAUUGGAUGAAGCGCUGGAUAACUUUGAAAAGGUGCAACAAUUGGACCCCAAAAAUCACACGUCUGUUGCAGAAUUGGGUUGGAUUUAUUGCGAAAAGAAAGACUACCAAAAGGCCAUUGACUACAUCAACAAGGCUCUGGAGAUUGCAGGCACCGACGUGGCGGAUUACUAUUAUCGAUUGGGCCGCAUUCAUUGGUCAAUGCAAGAUUCUGACAAUGCCUUCAAGUAUUUCAUGCAAGCGGUUAAAUUGGAUCCCUAUUUUGCUAGUGGUUUUACAUAUUUGGGUCACUACUAUCGAGAGAUCAAAAAGGACGGCAUCCGUGCCAAAAAGUGCUAUCAAAAGGCGUACAUUUUGAACCCAUUGGACAUAGAUGCAGCUUUGUGCCUUUCCGAUUUCAUGAUUGCCGAGAACCAGCAAGAAGAAGCCGAAGCCAUCUUUCGUCAAGUCUCUGAAUCAAGUCCAAAAACUGGCUGGGCCUGGAGGCGUCUUGGUUACGUCAAUAUGAAUUCUCAAUCUUACAAUGAAGCCAUUAUCUGUUUCCAGAAGGCAUUGCGUGCAGAUACAAGUGAUGUCAGAUGCUGGGAAGGUCUUGCCGAGGCGUAUUCAAGAGCGGGUCGAUUUGUUGCUGCCCUGAAAGCAUUUGGUCGUGCAACUCAAUUAGAUCCUCAAUCCGUGCAUGCUCACAAUGAGCAAUCUUACGUCCAGCAAAAGGUGGGGCUACUAGAUGAUGCGAUUGCUGGCUUUCAGAAUACCUUGGCGAUUGCUGCUGAACAGCACAAACCCAAUUACAUUCCUGCCUUGGCAGGUUUGGCUGAGACGUAUCUGGAACAUGCCAAGGAGGAUUUCCAAGCAGGCUUCUUUGGCCGUGCUUCCGAUGGCUGCAAUCGUGUGUUUGAAACUGCUCUUCGUGGCCUGCAAGUGGAUUCUACCAUGCUGUCUUUUUGGAAACUGGUUGGUGAUGCUUGUGCAUUCUACCGUCAUAUACCCAGCUAUCUCAACAACUGUGCCUAUAGUCAGCUCCAAGCUGUGAUGCAACUGAUCAGUACGAAAAGCACCCAUGAUGUGUUGAAACUGGAACCAGAUACCACAAGCCAUUGGAUGACUGAAUUCUUGGCCUUGCAAGACGUUGAUGAUGAUUUCAGUCUGCCACAGAAAACGGCCCUGGAUGUCAUUCUCUCAUGUGCCUCUUACGCCUACAAACAAGUGAUUGUAUUAUGCAAGAACCAUCAAGCUAUUGCACCUGCGUUCUGGCAUGAUUUGGCUAUUAUUUACUAUCACUUGAGCCUUAACAAUAACAACAAGCAGGAAGAAGCCAUGAUGGCAGUCAAAUGCGCCCAGGUAGCUUUGAAAUUGGAACCCUCACAGUACAUGUAUUGGAAUACGCUUGGUGUGAUUGCAAUGACAGUGGCUGAUAUACCUAAAAUGGCACAAUACGCAUUCGUCAAGGCCAUGGAGUUCAAUAAUAGAAGUGCAAUCCCAUGGACAAACUACGGUUUCCUGUGCUUGUCCCUGAAAGACUACGAAUUGGCAAAUCAGUCAUUUGAGAUGGCCCAUUCACUUGACCCCGAGUGGAUCUCUGCUUGGGUAGGACAAGCCUAUGUUGCCUCACUAUGGGGUACUGAUGCAGCAGCCAUUUUUGAACAUGCAUUCGAGUCCAGCAAUGGAUCAGCGAUGGAGGCCAGUUACGGUUACGCAGACACAGUGUAUCAUGCACUCUCCUCUGGACAGUUGAACGAGGAAACAGCAGCCAUUACGCCCGUAUUUGCAUUGGAGAAAUUGACCGAGAAGCGACUGAAUGAUGCGCUUUCCUUCAAUCUGAUGGGCUUGCUCUUGGAGAGAUUGGGCCAAUAUGGCAGAGCAUCCGAAUCAUUUGCAUCAGCCAUUUUAGCACUGGAGGCGCAAAUUGAAGAAGAAAAGAUCAGCCAAGAAGAAGGAAUGGCACGUCUUGCCAAGGUGCAUGCUAAUUUGGGCCGUACAUUAUGCGCAAGUGGUGAUUUUGAAGAAGCUAUUUCGUCUUGCACAGUGACAGAUGCAUCCAGUGUGUAUUCUCACUUGAACGCGGGCAUUGCUUACUACUUUAUGGACAAACUCCCUGAAUCACUCAACAUGUUUGAACUAGCCCUGAAUGCCACGCAGGAGGACAUCUCAUUACGUCAAGACGUGGUCGUCUUGCUGAGCAAAGUGCUGUGGGCUUUAGGAGGUGAUGAGCAGAGAACAGUAGCCAAAGAUCAGCUCUUUUCCAGUAUCACUGAUAACCCAAAUUAUCUGCCUGCAAUCUUCUCACUGUGUGUCAUGGGCAUGCUACAAGAUGAUGAAACAUUAACAGCAGCCGCAUUACAGGAAUUGGCUAAAGUGUCCAUUUCCAUUGCAUAUGACUCAGAUAAGGAACAGCACAUCUCGUGGUUAUUUUACAAAUUUCAUCAAUUACAGGGAGACAGACUACAAGCAACUCGUGCCUUGGUGAAAACUGUUCAUCAAACCCCUUGGUUGGCAUUGGUGUGGGCCCGUUUAAGCAGACAUCUUGUGAAAUUAAAUGAUCCCAAAAUGAAUACAAUGACAUCAAGCACACUCGUUAUUAACAAGCAAAAAUCACAUACAGCAGACUCAUUAUCUGAAGCAUACCAAUACGCUGCCAUCUGUACCAAGGACAGAAAGCUUGCCCAGAAAGCUGUUCUGACAGCACCUUGGCGUUUAAGCGCAUGGAAAACUCUUUAA